AUGGACCGCUGGCGAAUAAUCGCCGUCGCCGCGGCCGUUUGGCUGCUGUUGCCCGUCGGGAUGCUCGCCAAUCAACUCAGAGGUUACGCCGAAAGCUGCUUCAACGAAGGCGAAAGAGUAAACGUGCCCACCAUCAAGAACAUAUUGUGUUACACGUGUAUGUGCAAAAACGGAUUCGUGGAGUGCGUCAAAGACCAGUGCCCCGGCGAACAGAGCUGCUAUAUGUGGCAGGACGUUUUAUUGGACACGAAGGAAUGCUGUAGACGGUGUAAAGGUACGUAG